UGGGGCCCAGCCGGCCCGGCCCGCCCAGCGAGAGGCGGGGUCGACGCGAGGCUCGCGCUUAGGCCUGGCCGCUUCCCUCCCUGCCUCCCGCGCUCGCGUACUUGCGCCCGCCGGGCAUGGAGCGCUUCCGGGCGGGCUUCGCUUACGAUGAGGGCGGGGACGCCGACGAGGGAGAAGGCCCCGCGGCACGGGGUGGCGGAGGACGAGGCGGCGGCGGCGGCGACCGGCAGCAGGCCCGCCACUACCAGCUCCUGUCCGAGCUGCAGACCCUCGUCAAGGACCUGCCCAGUGCUUCCCAGCAAAGACUGUCCUACACCAUCCUCAGCGACUUGGCACUGGCUCUCAUCGACGGGACCGUCUUUGAGAUCGUCCAGGGCUUGCUUGAGAUCCAGCACUUGACGGAGAGAAACCUUUACAACCAGCGACUCAAGCUGCACAGCGAGCAUCGAGUUCUCAAGCAGGAGAUGCUGCACAAACACAAGGAAGACCAGCAAGGCUGCAAAGCACACAACCUGCCCCUCCUCAAAGCCGCCCAGCAGAGGGAGCUGCAGGCCAUGGAGCAGCGAAUUCAUGAAGAGCAGCAGAUGAUGGAUGAGAAAAUCGUCCUGGAACUGGAUCAGAAAGUGGUGGACCAGCAGAGCACGUUGGAGAAAGCUGGCGUUUCUGGGUUUUAUAUCACUACCAACCCCCAGGAACUGACUCUACAGAUGAAUCUGCUGGAGCUCAUUCGAAAGCUGCAACAGAAGGAAUCCCAGCCAAGGAAGCCGUUCUCUUGAGGGGGGCACGGGCACGGCUCCCCUCCUGUUUCCAGCCAAGAUCCUCCCUCCGUGGGUGUCAUCGCGCUCAAGGAGAUUACUCAGUGUUUUGUUCUUGUAUUAAAAGAUUGGUACAUCCAAUUCCAUUGCCAGAAUGCAGAGGACAGCGGAAGCAGCACCACCAAGGGAGGGGGCUCGGAGCUUUCUAACACCCCCGUACCCACCGAAGACCAGCGCUUCAGUUUGAUUCUGUCUUGUUUAGUUCUGUCUUCUUUUUUUGCAUGUUUGUUCAUUUAUUUAUUUAAAGCUGAUGAGGAAUUUCCACAUAUCUCAAGGCUGUUUGACAUUGUCGUAUAUAAACUGAGAUUUCUAAAGAAGGCAGUAAACAUAAUUCAGUAUAA